CCCUCCUCCCCGCGGGUGUGCGCCUUUCGCUCCCGGGCCGGGGGGAACCAUGGCGUCCAGCGAGGAGGACGGAGGCGGCAACGGCGCAGUGGAGGAGAAGGAGAAUGGCAAGAAGAGGAGGCUGGGCGCCCUGGCCACGGCCUGGCUCAUCUUCUACAACGUCGCCAUGACCGCGGGGUGGCUGGUAUUAGGUAUUGCCAUGGUGCGGUUUUAUAUACAGAAAGGAACACAUAGAGGCUUAUUCAGAAGCGUUCAAAAGACGCUUAAAUUUUUCCAGACAUUUGCUUUGCUUGAGGUAGUCCACUGUGCAGUUGGAAUAGUUCGCACAUCUGUGCUUGUGACUGGGGUCCAAGUGAGUUCAAGAAUCUUCAUGGUGUGGUUCAUUGCACAUAGUAUAAAACAGAUCCAGAAUGAGGAGAGCGUUAUUCUUUUUCUGGUCGUAUGGACUGUGACAGAGAUUACUCGAUAUUCCUUCUACACAUUCAACCUGCUCAACCAUUUGCCAUACUUCAUUAAAUGGGCCAGAUACAACUUUUUUAUCAUUUUGUAUCCUGCUGGAGUUGCAGGUGAACUGCUAACCAUAUAUGCUGCUUUACCCUAUGUGAAGAAAACAGGAAUGUUUUCACUGAGACUUCCCAACAAAUACAAUGUCUCCUUUGACUACUAUUACUUCCUUAUUAUUGUCAUGUUCUCCUAUGUGCCAUUAUUUCCACAACUCUACUUCCACAUGCUGCGGCAGAGAAGAAGGGUGCUUUAUGGAGAAGUGAUUGUGGAAAAGGACGAUUGAAUCAAGCCGUGUAACUAUGGUGCUUUUAAUGGAAAAAAGGAGGGUUAAAAACCCAAAACUUCCUGUGAUUUUUCUGAGUCCAAGUUUUAAAACAUGGAACAAGAAUAAACAACUGUGCGUAAAAUA